AUGUCAUCGCUUGCCGAGAGACUCGUGCAACAGUUGCUGAAAUUUCAUCAACGUGGAGCUGAGCUCGAACAGGAGCAGAAGACGCUUGCGGAGGAGGAGAAAUGCAACCAAACUCUCCAGGAACGCCUCAAACAAAUGCAAGAACAAGUGCAGAAGGUGCGGGAAAUUCGUGCGGUACUUAACGAACACAACCGUGCGGCGGAGGAAAAGUAUGAGCAGGCAAUAAAAGAUGAUGAGGCAAAGCGGGCGCUGAUGUCAGAGGAAUUGCAGGCAACUUUAUCAGAGGUGAAUUCAUAUGCAGAGGAAAUUGCGCACAUGGAAGCAAAAGCAGCGCAAGAGAAUAAGCUACUGAAGGAACAACUUGAGAUAUACACCAGAUUUCACUUGGAUGGGCAGGACAAAUACAAUGAAAUCAUGCGUUCCAGGGAGCAGGAAUACGCCAAGUUGGAGGCGAAGAAGGAAGCGGACGCCGCCCGGAAACCGCAGCUUCUGGCCGAAUUAUCGGAAGAGAAUGAGCGUUUCCUUCAAACUCGCAAGGAGGAAAAGGAACUUGAAGUUCUAAUGGAUGGUUGGGUGGCACGUGUAACGGAGCUUCAAGAAAGGUUUUUAAAAGCAAGAAGGUUCUUUGAAAGUUUUAAGGAAGAAAAGGAAAGACAUGUGAAGCGGAUUCGAUCACUUGAAAGUGAAAAAACCGUGUUGUUGGCGCGGGUGGAAAGAUGUAGAGCAGAGCGUGACAAGGAGCAAGCAAAGGCGAAGGCAUUCGAGGAAAAGGUCAUCACACAAAAGAAACAGAUAGAGAAACUUAGUGCCGUUGCACACAUGCUCGAGUCCGGAAGCUUAGCAGAGAGUACGGAUGCGGCAACAUAG